AUGGCCGGGAAGGACGGCGGGAACCUGAAGACGGUGCGGCUGUGGCGGGACGCCGCCCUGCGCGCCAGGAAGCUGCGGAGCAACCUGCGCCAGCUCACCCUUAGCUGCCCGGGGGUCGGGGCCGAUCCGAUCGACGACUCCCCCGACAGCUCCCCCCCGCAGCUCGUGCUGCCGGCCAACCUCGGGGACGUUGAGGUGCUGAACCUGGGGAACAACGGCCUGGAGGAGGUGCCCGAGGGGCUGGGCUCGGCGCUGGGCAGCCUGCGCGUCCUGGUCCUGCGGAGGAACCGCUUUGCCAGGCUGCCCCCGGCCGUGGCCGAGCUGGGCCACCGCCUCACGGAGCUGGACGUGAGCCACAACCGGCUGGCGGCCCUGGGCGCCGAGGUGCUGAGCGCCCUGCGCGAGCUGCGCAAGCUGAACCUCAGCCACAACCAGCUGCCCGCCCUGCCCGCCCAGCUGGGCGCGCUGGCCCACCUGGAGGAGCUGGACGUCAGCUUCAACCGCCUGGCGCACCUGCCCGACUCCCUGUCCUGCCUCUGCCGCCUGCGCACCCUGGACGUGGACCACAACCAGCUCACUGCGUUCCCGGGCCAGCUGCUGCAGUUGGCUGCCCUGGAGGAGCUGGACGUGUCCAGCAACCGGCUCCGAGGCCUCCCGGAGGGUAUCAGUGCCCUGCGUGCCCUCAAGAUCCUCUGGCUGAGCGGGGCCGAGCUUGGCACGCUGCCCGAGGGCUUCUGUGAGCUGGCCAGCCUGGAGAGCCUCAUGCUGGACAACAACAGGCUGCAGGCCCUGCCCGCCCAGUUCAGCCGCCUGCAGAGGCUCAAAAUGCUCAACCUGUCCUCCAACCUCUUCGAGGAGUUCCCCGCCGCGCUGCUGCCCCUGGCCGGCCUGGAAGAACUCUACCUGAGCCGCAACCAGCUCACCUCGGUGCCCUCCCUCAUCUCCGGCCUGGGCCGGCUCCUCACCCUGUGGCUGGACAACAACCGGAUCCGCUACCUGCCCGACGCCAUCGUGGAGCUGACGGGCCUGGAGGAGCUGGUGCUGCAGGGCAACCAGAUCGCCGUGCUGCCCGACAACUUCGGCCAGCUCUCCCGCGUGGGCCUGUGGAAGAUCAAGGACAACCCGCUGAUCCAGCCGCCCUACGAGGUCUGCAUGAAGGGGAUCCCCUACAUCGCGGCCUACCAGAAGGAGCUGGCCCACUCCCAGCCGGCCGUGCAGCCCCGCCUCAAGCUGCUCCUCAUGGGCCACAAGGCCGCGGGGAAGACCUUGCUCCGCCACUGCCUCACCGAGCACCGGGUGGAGGCUUCCGGCGAAGGAGGCGACCAGGAGAAGGGCUACUCGCCUCCUCCACCGCCGCCGCCGCCGCCUCCCACGAGCAAGGGCAUCGAGGUGACCAGCUGGACGGCCGACGCCUCCCGGGGCCUGCGGUUCAUUGUGUACGACCUGGCCGGGGACGAGAGUUACGAGGUGAUCCAGCCCUUCUUCCUGUCCCCGGGGGCCCUGUACGUGCUGGUGGUGAACCUGGCCACCUACGAGCCCCCGCAGUUUCCCACCACCGUGGGCUCCUUCCUGCACCGCGUGGGGGCCCGCGUGCCCCACGCCGUGGUGUGCAUCGUGGGCACGCACGCGGACCUGUGCGCGGAGAGGGAGCUGGAGGAGAAGUGCCUGGACAUCCACCGCCAGAUCGCCCUGCAGGAGAAGCGCGACGCCGAGGGCCUGAGCCGCCUGGCCCGGGUGGUGGACGAGGCGCUGGCCCGCGACUUCGAGCUGCGCUGCGCCAGCCCGCACGCCGCUUACUACGGCGUCUCGGACAAGAACCUCCGGCGGCGCAAGGCGCACUUCCAGUACCUGCUCAACCACCGGCUGCAGAUCCUCUCCCCGGUGCUGCCCGUGAGCUGCAGGGACCCCCGCCAGCUGCAGCGCCUCCGGGACAAGCUGCUGUCGGUCGCCGAGCACCGGGAGAUCUUCCCCAACCUGCACCGAGUGCUGCCUCGGUCCUGGCAGGUGCUGGAGGAGCUGCAUUUCCAGCCGCCGCAGGCGCAGCGGCUUUGGCUGAGCUGGUGGGACUCGGCGCGCCUGGGCCUGCAGGCGGGCCUGACGGAGGACCGGCUGCAGAGCGCCCUGUCCUACCUGCACGAGAGCGGCAAGCUGCUCUACUUCGAGGACAGCCCUGCCCUCAAGGAGCACGUCUUCCACAACCUCAGCCGCCUCAUCGACAUCCUCAACGUCUUCUUCCAGAGGGAUCCUUCCCUGCUGCUGCAUAAGCUGCUCGCUGGGACCAGCGGAGAGGGCGAGGGAGACGGGGAGAGCUCCCUGGUGAUGGCCGUGCCACCGCCGCCGCCGCUGAGCCAGGACCUGCUCCGGGCCACCCAGCUCCACCAUUACGUGGAGGGCUUCCUGCUUCACGGGCUCCUGCCGGCCCACGCCAUUCGGCUGCUGCUGAAGCCUCACGUCCAGGCCCAGCAGGAUCUGCAGCUGCUGCUGGAGCUGCUGGAGAAGAUGGGGCUUUGCUACUGCCUCAACAAACCCAAGGGCAAGCCCCUGAACGGGUCCACCGCCUGGUACAAGUUCCCCUGCUACGUGCAGAACGAGGUGCCCCACGCCGAGGCCUGGAUUAACGGGACCAACCUGGCCGGGCAGUCCUUUGUGGCCGAGCAGUUGCAGAUUGAGUACAGUUUCCCCUUCACCUUCCCGCCGGGGCUGUUUGCACGCUACAGCGUCCAGAUCAACAGCCACGUGGUGCAGAGGUCGGACGGGAAGCUUCAGAUCUUCGCCUACCGAGGGAAGGUCCCUGUGGUGGUGAGCUACAGACCCGCCAAGGGGGCCCUGCAGCCGGAUACCCUGUCCAUCGCCAGCCACGCCUCGUUACCGAACAUAUGGACGGCAUGGCAAGCCAUCACCCCCUUGGUGGAAGAACUGAACGUCCUGCUUCAGGAAUGGCCUGGACUGCACUACACGGUGCACAUCCUCUGUUCUAAGUGCCUUAAGAGAGGGUCGCCCAAUCCACACGCUUUCCCAGGGGAGCUGCUGAGCCAGCCCAGACCCGAAGGAGUGGCGGAGAUCAUUUGCCCCAAGAACGGCAGUGAGCGAGUGAAUGUUGCCUUGGUUUACCCACCUACGCCGACUGUGAUCAGCCCCUGUUCCAAGAAGAACGUUGGUGAAAAGCACAGAAACCAGUGA